AUGGAAGCCGUCAAGAAGCAGAAAAAAGUUCUUCGGACGGCCUUUACGAAAGCUCUCACCAGUUUUACAACGAGAAUGGAAAGCGACUGCCCGAAGGAGGAAAAGAUGGUGGCGUUCCAACUUCUGGAAACGAAGAUGACGGAAUUGGAGACGACCCAUACUGCUUACAACCAAGGUCUGUUCGAAUCUGAGAUAGGCGACGAGGACAUUAACAAGGAGAUGGAAACGGAUGACCUCUACAAGACGCAAUAUCUAACGGCGAAGAUGAAAAUCACAAAGAUGACGUCACCGAUGCUAGAGAACGUAACAAAAACGGUCUCAACGAAUGUUGCGAGAACAUCGAAGUUUCCCAAGCUGGAACUACCGAAAUUCAGUGGCAUAGAAGACUGGCUUCCCUUCUGGAGCCAGUUUAAGAAGAUAGACAACGAUCUAUCAAUCACCGACGAAGACAAGAUGCAGUAUCUACAACAGGCUAUGGUGCAAGAUUCGCGCGCGAAUGAGCUCGUGAAAAGUUUCCCGUCUACGGGAGCAAAUUAUAACAAGGCGAUCACGAGUCUAAAGAAUCGUUUCGGACGAGACGAUAUCGUUGUGGAAUUCUACGUUCGCGAACUGCUCGGGCUUGUGCUGCAGAACGCCGUGAGGGGAAACAAAAACAAUCCCUCGCGGACAUAUACGAUAAACUAG